AUGGUAGCCUUGUCCGAGGAAAUUAUUGAGCAUCGAGAUAUAGUGAGUUCGAUGUUUAAGGGAAUGGAAGAAGUGAAAGAGUCUCUGAACUAUGUACAAUUGUCCAAAGCGAUGUUUGAUGCAGCAAAAUCUGGAAACAUUAUGAUAUUAGAAAUCCUUCUUGAGUACCAUCCAGAUUUGCUAUUUGAAGUGAAUUCAGAACAGAGAAGUUUACUUCACAUUGCUAUUCUAUAUCAGCAAAGAGCUAUAUACCGACUAAUAUUAAGCAAGGGAGAUUCUAAGAAUGUGAUGACACAAUUAGUUGAUUUUGAGGGUAACAACGUUCUUCACUUAGCUGCAAAGCCGGUACCUAAACCAACAAUUGGAUCACCAACAGACCGUAUUAUAAUGCGUCGCCAGGCAUUCUUUCAGGCAGUGGAGAAAAUAGUUCCACCUGCAAUAAAAAGAAUGAGAAAUAAUGAGGGUUGUACUCCUGAAGAAGUAUUUUAUUUGUGUAACGAGGAGUUGCACAAAAAAUCUGUAUCUGGGGUGAAAAGUUCGGCAAAUACUUUACUAUUGGUGGUAACUCUUAUCAUCACCCUAGGGAUCACCGCAACUAUAACCAUUCCCGUCCAUGAUAUCGAUAGCACAAUUACUCCAAUUUUUUCCAAGAAGACAUGGUAUGCGUUGUUUUUAGUGUCAGUUUCAGUUGGAACAUACUUGUGUGGUUCAUCGUUGAUGUUCUAUUCAUCAAUUAUUCUUCCUUCAGGAGGAAGAGAUAAAAGGAAAAUAUAUGAGGCAGCUUCAGGAAAUUGGAGUGAGGGUGCAUCCUCUUUGCAUGGUUAUUGGUGGCGAAUUCCAAUCACUGAUAGUGGCAUUACAGCCCUACACACUGCUAUGGGAAUACACCCUUUUGUUCUAUUCUUCAAUUAUUCUUCUUCCCUCGAGGUGGCACUUUUUAACUCUCUUGCAUUCAUGUUCAUUGCCAUUGUUUCGGGUGACAUUGAUAUUUGA